AAAACAUAACCUUAAAUUCGAAUGUUUUGCAAAUGUCAAAUGUAACGUAUUUAUAUACAUUGUUUGGAAUUGUUAAUUUAAGUGAAAAUUUGUUUUUUGAAAAAAAGAGAAAAUAUGUCGUAUCAAGGUUCACCAUUUUCUACAGCCUGUGGUCAAGAUGAUUUUGAAUUAGAUGAGGAAAAUGAGGAAUAUUUAGAUUAUGAUAGAGAUGCAGAAGAUCAGGAUGAAAGUGACGAAGAUACCGAAGAAGCGAGCGAAACUGAUAUGGGAAAAACAGAAUAUACUGAAAUUAAAGAGCAGGUUUACCAAGAUAAACUUGCCAGCUUAAAAAAGCAAUUACAACAGUUAAAAGAUGGUACUCAUCCGGAAUACAAUCGAAAAUUAAAAAGACUUGAGGAUCAAUAUAAAGAAAGGUUAAGAAUGAAUGUAAUACAUCGUGACUAUCUUACCGAAUGGGUUGAGAGAGAUUAUAUUCUCGAAAAGAAAGCAGCGGCUAAGGAGUUUGACGAGAAAAAAAUUGAUUUAAAAGACAAUUUACUAACAGACAUGGAGGAUAAACGAAAAAUGAUUGAAUCUGAUCGACACACAAUGGAGCUUACCGGUGAUUCUAUGGAGGUAAAACCAGUGAUGACAAGAAAAUUACGCCGAAGACCAAAUGAUCCUGUGCCGGAAAAAGUUGAAAAACGCAGAAAACCUCCACCGGCACAAUUAAAUUAUUUAUUAGAUGAAAAGGAAAUUGAUAAUGAUUUAAAGGCAAUUAGUCGAGGAAAAGUAAUGACUACCGUUCGAAAACCCGUAGUGAUGCAACAUUACAGUCCUGUUAAUUUACCAACACCGGCAAUGAAUAUCACGUCGGAAUCAUCAUUAGUUGAAACACGAAUCGAAGAUGGCAAACUUUUAUACGAAAGAAGAUGGUUUCAUCGAGGACAAUCGGUUUACGUUGAAGGAAAAGAUUUACAAAGAUUUUCCGCCACCAUAUCAGCAAUUGGAAACGAAGUUGUUUGUGUAAAAAAAGUCACGGACGGAAGUAAAGUAAAAGUGUGCGUCUCACAAUUAAGCAGAGGGAAAAUUUCAAUCAAACGACGAGCAAAUUGAAAAAAAAAAAAAUAGUUUCAGAUACAUAUUUAUCAGACAAUGAAAUUUGUCGAUUUUCAUCAAUUUCAGGAAGAGUGACUUUGACUUUACUCGUUCUUUGCCACCAAUAAUACCAAAUCUUCUGAUGAUGUUGAAUGGCCGUGUAUGUCCAAACAAAAUAGGAGAAAAGAAUAAGUGAUAUCAUUGCCAACAAUGAAUAAGUUGUCCAACGCGCUGGUGGAA